CAACGGCUUGAGUCAGGCCUGUCGCGUUUUUGAGUGCCCGGAGAUGACUAUCCCGUGUAUAAAUACCGCUGAGGACUCGUUAAGUUUCUCAUCCAUCCUCAUUCACUCUACCACACUACACGAUGAUUCCCGCCAUUCUUACUAGUCUUUCCAUGCUAGGCUCUGCCUACGCUGCUACCGUGCAGCCCGUCGUCGCCACAGGCGGAUGCGCCAACAUCGACUCCUACGACUCGGAGACUGGAUCGACCAGCCAAUUCAUGUUGGUGGUCAGCGGUUGUGUCAACACCACCGCCUCGGAUCAAGCAUGCUCGAUCGAAGGAUUCGGCGACACCAGCGUGGUUUUCAGAACUGCGGGCGAAACCGGUAUUCAUGAAGGAUAUAUUGCAAUUGGAUCCCGAAACGACGAGGCCAAGAACCCCAUCGUUUGCGAAGACGACUCUCCUUCACUUCUCACUGGACUCGUCGAAACGGGCGUCAGCGGCUAUAGCUACCAGCCAUGGAAUAUAACCUCCAUCCCCUACACCGCAUACUUGAUGUGGGGAUUGCCUGCUGAGGCAACGAUUCCCGUGGAAUUCUACCAUCACUACGUGGACGGGGUGCAGCAGGAUGGCCUGUUCAUCGGAGCCAACAAUGUGACGACUUGGGCGAUCAAGGAGUGGUCUGAUUCAGGGUCGAAGCUGCCAUACUGGCUGUUCAGACUGCUGGGCCCUGACAGCGCCGAUCCCGUGACGGGCGCAGCCUUGGAGGAUGGGGAGUUUACGACUUUCAUCAAAGUCCGGUCCUUCUAGUCAAUAGGGGCCCGAGCGCGGAAAAGAGAUCCAGUUCAAUCUACCCCGUAGAUGGAUUCGUGUUCUAUAGAUGGAAGUUCUUGCAGAUAGAUCACAGUGUCAGAUAGCCACAUCGCCAUGAGUUGACGAUCUAGACGCCCGAUCCCUCUGUAGAUCAAUAGUAUGACACAUCACAUGCGCGAUUGCAUCAUGCAUGAACGACGGACCGAUCUCGUGGGUGACAGCUGCCCGCAUCGAUCGAUCG